GCUCGCCACCUCCACACGCUUCUCUCUCUUUAUCUCUCCUCGAAUCCCUCUCUCUCCUCCCCCUUCUAUCUCUCUACUCCUCACGAGCGCACACGGGCACAGCAGUGCUGCAAGGCUCGCAUCACCACAACACACCAAGACAGCUCAGGCUUCUCCGCUCCCCAUUCCCCUACGCGCUUUACCCCUACAUCUGCCCCUCCGCCGCCAGCAUUUCGUCGAGCACCGCAGUCCCCCGCCAUGGCUAAGCUCGCCUUGGCCAUCCUCCUGCUCCUCGCCGUGGCGGCAUCUGCCUCCGCCGCGGCGUCCCUCGGCGCCGGCGCCGGGGACCACCUGGACUUGGGCUUCCUCUCUGGCGGCGGCGGCGGCAGGAGGGAGUGCCGGGGCACCGUGGCCGAGUGCCUGGCCGAGGAGGAGGAGGAAGAGCUCGGGUCCGCUUCGGCGGAGGGCCACCGGCGCGCGCUGUACGGGCGCCGGUACAUCAGCUACGGCGCACUGCGCCGCGACACCGUCCCCUGCUCCCGGCGCGGCGCCAGCUACUACAACUGCCGCCCCGGCGCGCAGGCCAACCCCUACCACCGCGGCUGCUCCCGCAUCACCCGCUGCCGCGGCUGAGCUUUGAGCCUCGCUCCUCCCUCCUCCUCCACCGGAUCCGCCGACGGAAGCAGGGAAAGACCGGAUCUUUCGUCGCUUCUCCGCCGGGCCGCCGUCCCCGAGUUAAAAAUAAGCUUUCUUUAAGUCGUUGAAGUGGUACUACUACUGCUGCUGUUUACUACUAGCUAUGGAUUUGUUUGUUGCUGCUGUUGUAUUUGUGAUCUUUGUGCUGUGUAAAGUAACAGAGAUUUGUGCCUCCAUGGCUCCUUAAUAUGAAGAUAUACUCUUAUUCUUUUGAUUGAA